GAUGGGAAGUCCUAGCACUUUCGCGGCGACGGACUCCGGUGCCUGUGACCCGAGUCCACUAAAAUUCCAAUGCUACUGAGUUGCAGAAGUACGUCGCAUAUAAUCUUAUCACUGCAUAGUGGGCGCCGGCGUGCGUGAGCACUCAGGAGCAUUUGACGCACCUUGCUCGGGCACGGCCCUAACACACGGCACAGCGACCUGCACAGUGAACAGCAUUUUUGAAGCCUGUCUCUACAAGGCUUCAACACUAAGGCAUGGCUCCUGAAAUUGGGAAACUGGCAGCGGGCGACGUGUGCAAUGUGUCAUUGAACAAAGGUUUACGCAACAUGCUGUUGGAGCAGGACACGGAGCGCACAAGCUCUUCUAGCGCCGUCACUGCCUCCACACACACAUGUCAGGGGGACCAGUCACAUGUACGGCGGGCUCGCCGCCCGACACCGUGGCCGCAGGCCAACCUGCUGAGCCUUGGGGCGGCGACCUGUGCGGACCCAGCAGUGUCGGGGACGCCAGCACUCCUGUCACCGGAACCACGCCCGACCAAGGAUAAAAGCAGCAUUUUGCGAAGCCUCAAGAAGAUGAUCUUCCGCCGCAGCUGCGGAGCAGGCGACGCCUACAGCUCGGAACCUGCUAAUCAAGUGCACGGCGGGCCCAGCAGGGGCGCAUCCCUGCUGGAUGCCAACACGAGCCAGCUUCUUCCGGCGGCGUCCCGAGGUGCGGCCGCCGCCACCAGCAAUAGCGGUGGUCGCAGCUACAGGCGGCCGCCAGCAAAAUGCCAAUCCGCCGCCAUCACUACUGCUGUCACCUGCUGCCGCCGCCGCGGCGGCGGCACCGACAGCAGCAGCAGUCAGCACGGCGGCGGUGACAACUGCGACGCGGCGGUUGCCCCAUCACCGAUUGCCAUCCCGCAACACGAGACCGCUGCCGCCGCCAUGCCGACGCCUGGCUCCGCAGCUGCCGCCUCACUCUCUUCGCUUGCUGGCGGCGGCGGCAUUGCAAGCGGCGCUGCCGUGAACGGCGGCGGCGGCGACGGCGCUGGAAAUGGUGUCGGCCGCAAGGCAGGCGACGGCCAUAACAACCGCCGCAACCGUAGCAGCCGUCUGCAUACCUUGAGAAUUCUCUUCAACCCCUCCUUUCGCCGCGCGAUGUCGUCUGAUCCGCACAGCAGCCCCAUGAGCGCCAGCAGCCCAAUGCCGCUCGGCGGCGGCGGCGGUGGUGCUUCUGCUUACGUGUCAGACGCGGACUCCAGUGUAGGCGGUGGCGGCGGCAGUGUCGGAGGCUCGGCACAUCGGAAACACUUUGCGGCAGCAGUUGCUGAGGAGACGGCAAGCAGCGGUGCUCUUGCUGCUGCUGGUCGCAGCCUCUGCGGCAUUCGCCAUCAUCCGCAGCAGGACAGUGCGUUCGGUGGCGGCCACGAGGCGCGUACUUGCUGGGCUGCCACCUCGCCGCCCGAUGCGGCUGCUGCUGUCAGCAUCUUCUCGUCAACAGCAUUGGAGGCGGCCAAGGCUCCUCCGCGCACCCCGACAGCAGACACUGCUGGCGGCGGCGGCGCCCUUCAGCACAGUCAGUCCGCCAACCUCGCGUCCAUGCCGAGCCCCACAACCCUGAAGACGCACCUGGAAAGGGGCGGGGGCACAGGCGGCAGCUGCCACGCCGGCACCGCGUUCUACAGCAUCUCGCAGGCAUGCUCGUGGCAAGCAGCGGCGGCACUGCUGCAGCUAGGCAGCGGCGGGUUGCUCUCCACACAGGAAAACCGCAUCGCAGAAGAUUCUCCCAUGCACUGCUGGGACGUUCGCGGAAGCCCCACGGCUGCGGUGGCUCCCCCGGUUCUGCCCGGUGUCAGCAGCAGCGGCUGGCUAGACAGAAUCGUCAAGCCGCAGCAGCAGCAGCAGCAGCAGCAGCAUGGUGCCAACCAGUGCAGCAGCAGCAGCAGCAGCAGCAGCAGCAGGUCACCGCAACCACCCGCCUCCACCCCGCCGACGGCGGCCGUUGCCAUGGGCCCCAUGCCGGGUGCAGCUGAGCCGCCGCUGCCGCCGCCACCACCGGUGUUGAUGGACGCCACGGCGGCGGCGGUGGCGACAGCAGCGCUGCUACCAGGCGCCGCUGCCGCCAUAACAACAGCUCGUGCGGCCGCCAUCACCACCACCUGCAGCAGCUCCACCGGCUCCCCCACUGACAUCUGGCAGCAGCCCCACCUCGGCAUCGCCGGCCCCACCCCGAGUGCUGUGUCUGCUGCCGCCGCCAGCAGCCGAAGCAGCAGCCGAAGCAGCGGUGGCCACGCGUUCCACCUGCUGCGGCUACAGCUGCAAGCGGCACAUCAGAUGCAACAGCUGGAGGCUCGACGGCAGCAGGCGCCAUAUGAGCUGCAUCUGCAGGAGUGGCACGUGGAAGACAUGUUGGAGGGGCUGGAGGCAGGGGAAGGGGGAGAAGUAGGGGGUGUCCCGCUGCCGCCGAGCAUGUCUUCUGCGCCAGCUGCUGCGUGUGUUGGGGAUGAGGACGUCGUGCCGUCGCCGCCGUCGCCGCCCCCGCCGCCAGCAGAAUGGGAGGUGGCAGCGCUGCAAAGGCAGCAAGAGGCGAUGGCGGCACAGGCGGCGGCGGCGUGGCGGCCGCCGCAGCCGCAGCACGCGGUGGCGCCGGCGGCCGGCGCUGAGGCGGCGGCAGGCCAUGCAGACGUGAUGCACGAGUCGGCGGUGCUGCUGGGCACAAACCCUGCGCUGCCGUGCACCAUGCACCGCCGGUGCUGGGCGCUGUCUGACUACGCCGUCACCAAGCGCCUGUACAAGGGCAGUCUGUCAUCGGUGUAUCGGGCCACGUGCAAGCGCUCGGGCAUCGUCGUGGCCCUCAAGGUAUUCUUCCGGAGCCGUGUGUCGGCCAACGCGCUGCACGUGGCCAAGCGGGAGGUCGCGCUGCACCUGCCGCUGGUGCACCCCAACAUCAUCAUGCUAUACGCGGCCUUCUACGACGCAAAUCACCUGGUGCUGGUGCAGGAGUAUGCGCCGCGGGGUGACCUGUACGGCAUCCACCGCCGCAUGGGCAGCCGCCUCACCGAGAAGCAGGUCACGGAGCUGGUGCUGGGCCCCUUCCUGGACGCCCUGGUGUACCUGCACAGCCGGGGGGUGGUGCACCGCGACAUCAAGCCCGAGAACAUCCUGUACAUGGAGGACUGGACGCCCAAGCUGGCGGACUUUGGGGUUUCCAUCAACCUGGCGGAGGAGCGCGCAGUCACGCGAACCGGAACCAAGGGUUACAUGGCCCCCGAGGUGUUGCGCUGCCCACUCAAGCACACCCACGAUGAGAACAAGGACAACGAACAGCUGGCCUACACGUCCGCCGUGGACAUCUGGUCUGUAGGCAUCUUAGCCUAUGAGCUACUGGUGGGCUUCCCGCCCCACCUGACUACCACUACUCCUCUUACUCCCACUCCUCCUGACGCGGCGGUGGCUGCUACGGGUACUGCUGUGGUGCAGCAAGCCGGAGAGCAGCUGCAGCAGCAAGUUGCUUCUGGCAGCGGCAACGCCGCAGCAGGGACCCACAUGACGCAAGCGCACCCUGAUCCCCUGUCCCUCCCAGUCUCAGUUUCGGAGGUGGCGCUGGACUUCAUUGGGUCUGCGCUCGCCCAGGCGCCCGGCGACCGGCCCACCGCGAGGCAGCUGCUGCAGCACGCGUGGCUGGCCAGGGCUGUGCGCGUGCAGGGAAGAGCGCGCAUCACACAGGAAUGCAUUAGCUAGCUGGGCACCACUUGCUUACUGCGAGGGGGUCGAGGAUGCUCUCGGCCUACUGUGUGUGUAUGUACAACCGUAUUGAUUCUAGCUAUUGCUGCCACUCCAGCGAACAGGCUUUCUUCUCGCGCACGUGCACUGUCAAAAGCGUCAGGCCAGCUUUGCUCAGUGUGAUUCGUUUACUGCAGAAACCAUUAUUGUUGUACCACUUGAAGCGGCCACAGGUGUGUGGCUGGGCUGUUGCGUGGGCUGCUAGGUGUGCCUACCACUCUAACUAGUUCUAUGUCACAGUUAACGGAACACGCCCUGGGGCAUCUAGAUGUGGCUUUCGCCGACUGUCCUACAACAUCAAGCUGAAAGAGCGCUUGCUUGAGAGGUUCACGGCAUUCGUCUCAUUCCCUUCUUCCAUGCAAACUACCUAUGAUAAGUGCGUGUUGUAAUUCGAUUUGCCUCUCUUGCUUUUCACUUCGCGUCAGUCUGAUGGCCUCCUGAUGGCAGUCAGGAACGCAUGCAACUGCAGGGGUAGGGCAGGAGCCACGCGCACUUGAAUUUGUGAUGGCUUACGUACGGGCUUAGGUCGUGUUUGUCUGUCCGCCACGGUCCGCCGCCCGUCGUGCUUGCAUGGCGUCACAACCGCCUUUCUCUUCUGGAUUCGAGCUGUAUUGUAAGUAAGUAUGUACACGUUGGCACUGGAUAAAUACACGUGAGUACUUAAGGAUCCCUACCCUGCAUGUAAUUAACCCCUGGU